AACAUUACUGUGCUGAGAUCUGGGCCCAGUUUUCUUUUUUUAUUCUCAGAAUCAGAAGGAAGUAUCUGAAGUAUCUGCUUGUUUGGAGAUGACACUACAGGAGGACUAUGGGAUAUGAUUAGGAAGGUUGGGGGCAGUUGGGCAGAGAACAAUGGAGCCUUAAGCAACACUGAAACUUAAGCAAGACAGAGAGAGAAAUAAAGGCAAAGUAACCCUACUAUCGGUGCAGUCACAGUCUAUUGGGACUUUGUUCCAGCCAGAUCUUGACUGACGGCCAGAAGUAAUAAAUAGCCGUGCCAGUGGGUUUGGGUUCAUGGCAGGUCUGAGGGGCCGGGACUCCUCCUGCCGACACAGUGUUGUGUUUACUGCUCACUUGCACAAUCCUGAGCCUUGUGCUGCUUUGUCUCUUCAUUGGUCAGUGAGCUCCUGUAUAGCACAGAGUGUACGUCAGCUCUUCAGCCAAGCCCAGACAUGGAGCCUGUAGUAGUGGUGGCACAGCGCAGCUCCCUCCUGUUCCUCCUGCUUCUCGGCCUCCAUACCCUGGCACACGGGGACACUGCCGGGGACAUAAGGUCCAGGAGUCUGACACCGGCCCAGGUUGGAAAGAGAACAAGGAAUAUCUGGCAGGCACCGCGGACUAGAAAGAAAAGUACUUGGUCCUACAAUCCAGGUCAUCGCUCCUUGGCUUUCCUGGUUGCAGGGGAAGUGGAGACGAUGACACCGAACCCAAAGGAAACAGAAGCUACAGAAGAAUUUCGCUGCCUUGACUAUUAUGGUGCAGUGGAAAUACCAGCGGGAGGCAGCGCUGCAGGGGUUAAUAAAGGAGGAGGAGAGAGAACCGCUGGCAACCAACCCCCCCACCCAGUCCAGACUCCGAGAAAUGAGCCCAAUCCUUGUGCCCAGGGGCCCCGCCGUCCAGAUCUGACCCCUGAGUCUGACAGUUCUAGUGAGGAGGGCCAAUAAGGAGGCUGAAUGGAAGAGUUGGGGUCAGUGGAUUCUCAUGUGUUACUGACGGGGAGACGCUGUACCUGGUGCUGUGCACAUUUAGCCUUUGGCUCAUAUAAUGGGGGCAACAGGGAUACUGAAAGGGGGACCCCCAUGUACUAACUGUGUUACUGACUCACUACUGCCCCCUGUGUUCUCAUACAGAGACUCUUUGUUCUACACACACGACUGCCUUUAGGGUAAGGCCAUAAAAAAAAAGAAAAAUUUUGGUGAAACUUUGCCUUUAAAUAUGCAGUAAAGACUAAAGAGAAGGGAUGGGAUGUUUUGUUCAGCUUUGCACAGAAACAGAAUUGCUAAUAUAAUAUAAUAUAAUAUAGCAAUCCAUUUAUAAUAUAGCAAUCCAUUUAUAAUAUAGCAAUCCAUUUAUAAUAUAGCAAUCUAUUUAUAAUAUAGCUAUCUAUGAACUGAAGGGGGCAGUCAUAUAAAGAGGAAGCCUUGGCUAAUAAACAAUAUGGCAACUCCCACUCUCAGGUCCAAUGCACAUUGAGUGAUUUAGGUACAAAACACAUACACAGGUGUAGUUCCCCUUUAGCAUUCUGUCCGCUACUAAUUUAGCUCUUCCAUUGGCUGCAAACGUUUCUGCUGUGAUGUGGGUUUAUUUUGCAUUAAACACAUCUGAAUUAAAACUGUUUUAUAUAAUAAAAUAAAUAUUCUACUUCUCAA